AUGAUUGACGAUGGAAAAAGUAUUUCUCAUGAAUUUCGUGCUCGAAGAGUAGAUGGUAUUGUCGAUGGUUUAGAAGAUGCUGCGAAUCAGAGUCGCCUAUCACAUGAUCGUAUGUCAGCUGAAGAAGCACGACUAUUUGCUGAAAUAUCAAAAGGCAACAUUAAAAGACACAAAGCAUUUUUAACAAUAAGAAACAACAUUUUACGAUUGUGGUUUGAUGAACCUCGAUACCAGUUAACGUUUGAUAAAGUUGUUGAAACAUUAGGCAAAAUCGAUGCAACACUUUUAUCUGAAGAACGUGUAUUAGUCGGAAAAAUUUUCUUCUAUUUGGAACGUUAUGGAUAUAUUAAUUUCGGUAUUUUUCGUCGACAAACAACUACACCGGAGAAAAAAAAAGGACAAAUCAUUAUUAUUGGCGCUGGAAUAGCGGGGAUUAUAGCUGCCAGACAGUUACAAUUUUUUGGUUUUGAUACAAUCAUAUUAGAAGCACGAGCUAGAAUCGGUGGUCGAAUAGCAACAUUUCGAAAGAAUGGCUACGUUGCUGAUCUGGGCGCAAUGGUUAUCACUGGAUUAGGUGGUAAUCCAGUGUCUGUACUUCAGACACAAACAAAUCUUGAUCUUGUCCCUGUCAAACAUAAGUGUCCAAUGUAUGAAUGUUCUUCUGUUGUGGUUCCAAAAGCAAAAGAUGAAGUCGUUGAACGUGAAUUUAAUCGUUUACUGGAAGCUUGUUCAUAUUUAUCUCAUACACUUGAUGUUAGCGAAAUAACAAAACAACCAUUGUCCCUUGGUGAUGUUUUCGAAUUGUUGAUACGUGUCCAAGAAAAAGCUGUACGUGAAAAGUAUUUAGACUAUUUACGAAGUAUAUCGAAGUUGAAGGAAAAUCUACGUUCACUUGUAACUGAAAUGUAUGAAAUGCGUUCAAAAUGUCUAAGUUUAAAUAAAGAUUAUACGAAUGUUAUUCAAGUACCCGAUAAUGGAAAUAUUUUAGAAGAAUUUGUUAUACGGGAUAUUGCAAAAGAUCUUGUUAAAGCAACAGACGAUUAUAGUCGGCUUGAAAUACAGUGUGAACAAUUGAAAGAACAAAUUCGUAUAGCAGAGGAAAAUCCACCGCCACGCGUUUAUCUCAGUGUACAAGAUCGUCGUAUCUUAGAUUGGCAUUGUGCUAAUUUGGAAUUUGCUAACGCAGCGCCUCUAUCGUGCUUGUCCUUAAAAUAUUGGGAUCAAGAUGAUGAAUACGAAUUUAGUGGCUGUCACUUGACUGUGCGAAAUGGUUAUUCCGUAUUGCCUAUUGCAUUGUGUGAAAAUUUAAGUAUUAAAUUGAAACAUAUUGUUAAAAAAAUUGUAUAUACCGCAAGUGGUGUUCAUGUUCAUGUUGAAAGUGGUGAUGAGUCCAAAGCUUUGAUAUAUGAAGGGGAUGCUGUAUUAGUUACAGUACCGUUAGGUGUUUUGAAAGAAAAUGUCAUUGAAUUUGAACCAACGUUACCAGAAUGGAAACAAUCGGCUAUCGAUCGAUUAGGAUUUGGAAAUUUGAAUAAAGUUGUAUUGUGUUUUGAAAAAGUCUUCUGGGAUCCAACUCACACUUUAUUUGCUCACGUUGAAGCAUCAACGUCAUGUCGUGGUGAAUUAUUUUUAUUCUGGUGUUUUGUUAAACCACCGGUACUUAUUGCAUAUAUUGCUGGUGAAGCGGCCAAUGUUGUUGAAUGUGCAACAGACGAUAUUAUUAUUGGACGAACACUCGUUGUACUUAGAAAUAUAUUUGGAACCGCUUCUGUACCGACGCCAAAAGACACAAUAGUUACACGAUGGAAAAGUGAUCCGUUUGCUCGUGGUUCUUACUCGUAUGUGGCUGUUGGAGCCUCAGGCGAUGACUAUGAUAUUCUUGGACGUCCUGUUGUAAGAGAAGAUGAAAUUAAGCCAAGAUUGUAUUUUGGUGGGGAACAUACAAAUCGAAAUUAUCCAGCAACUGUCCACGGCGCUUUACUGAGUGGUCUGAGAGAAGCAAGACGUAUUGCUGGUAUGACUUUGUCUUAUGCUCCUAUCUCAUCUCAUAUGGUUAGAGACACUUUUUAUUUUAGAUACGUUCCUUGGUUCCAUUUGCGAAGUUUCGACUAAUUAAAAUAUGACUUUUCCUAAGAUCUUUUUAUUUUAUUGUUUUUGAAAAGAUUACUGUACCUCUAUUUUAAGAGAUAUUAUAGGUGCGCUCGCUAAAUAAAAUUAAUGUUGUACAUUCUGGAAUCUUUUGUUCAAUUGAGCAAAGUACAGUGAGUCUGUUAACUGGAAGUCUGCAUUAGAUAAAUAUUCCAUGAACAUUUCCUCAUUUUAUUCGCUGUACAUAAACACAUAAUAAGAGAUUUUUAGCAAAAUGUUUUCCGGUUUGCUUAGUUUAGGCUUGAAAUUUUAUCCGUCCAUAUCAGGGACGUUUGAGGCACAAUUCCUCAAACAAAAUAGGUGGACGCUUUUUUGCUGUAAAAAUUCAUUUUCCAGAUGGUACACUGAAGACUCGAACCUCUGAGAUGGUACAAAAGGCCUCAGAUACUUAGGUUCAUAUCUUAGGUUGACACCGCGGGUUCAUAUCCAAGAUAAAACUCACAUGAGAAUAGUAGUUUUUAAAUGAGAAAAAGAAAAUUCAAUUCAGAGUUCUUAUUUCUUCUGACACUGGCAUUUGCUAUCUGGUCGCGAGUGUAAACAACAGAAUAAUGACAUAUGACGCAAGAAAAGGUAUACCGUGGGCACGCGCGACAUUUGUGCGCACAAUGUAUCACACGACAUUUGGGUGCAACGACAGUUGAGGUUCAAAGGCGCCGGUGCGGAUGUAGGUUAGGGUAAUGGUGAGUAUCGAUGAAGAUUAAACAAAAAGUGAUUACAGUUGGAUAUGAGUAAUAUAGAAAAAGCUCUCAUACCGUACCAAGUUUGUUUAAAGAAAAUUUUAUCGUUAUGCAGCAUACUUUAACAAAUGCACUCUUACUGAAUGCUUUUGUCGUACAUGCACCCAAAUGCCGUUAUGCCCGAACGUCGCUGCUCCGAAAUGUCGACGCCCAAAUGUCUGGUAAUCCCAUGAAAAAGAAGAGUCAUCGGUUCAUUCGAGAUAUAGAUCUUCGUUAGAGAAAAUAAACAUUUCUUGUGUUAACAAGUUAUAAACAACAACAAGUUGUGCUAACAGUUUAUAGUAAUUGCUUUCUGUCUAUGAAAUGAUGAAUGACUGUGAUCUGAACGAGCUUAUAUAACAGAACACAGUAAGUGUCGAAGCCAUCCAACCCGAUGGAAUCGCAUAUAUGCUUCAAUAAACCAUAUUUACAUCCUGGUGGGGUGCUGUGUGUUGGCCGUCAAACGGUUUGAAAGCUGGCCAUACGAGUGCGUGUAUUGUAUAGACAAAAGGCAAGGAAAUAGUAUCAAGAUGUGGCGAUAUCAGGAUGUGCAUAUGGCUCAUUUGACAAGUUACUGUGUCUAGAACGUAAUCUCUUCGUGUAUCGAAAAUAACAAGGAAGAUGCUCCAAAGGCAAAAGUGGAGCAGAAUUGGUUUCUCCUUGAUUUACACGUGAUUGGAUAGAGCUGGUGGAGUAGAAAGGUUAAGGUUGUUGGUAGUACGUUGUUGAAAUUAUUUUAUUCGGAUUCAGCAUCAGAAAUUGAGUACGACUCUGUAGGAGCGAGUGAAUUUGACCGCGGUUCUCUCACCCAGCAAACUCGAAUAGAACGACCUCUGGACAUCCUGACACCUGGAUCUGGGAAACCUAUCUAGCUUUUUGUCUCAAGAGCUUUACUCGACUUUUUUCCCUCGAAUCGGAAUUCUGCCUCUAAUUCACAAUUUUCUUCAUCAGAAUUCAACUUUUACGCACUGAAAAUAUCAUAUUCGGAAUCAGCGUCAAAAAUCGAGUUGAAAGAUGUACCUUUUUUUAUCCUAUUCGAUCACUUUGAUUUUUUUUUGAAUUUUCACGCUGAAUAAUUAAUUAUUAAGAUUUUCGUCAAAAAAUGAAAAUCAACGAAAAAUUUUGAAAUAUGUAUUAUUCGACUCGAUUUUUGACGCUGAUUCCGAGUAUGAUAUUUUCAGUGCGUAAAAGUUGAAGUCUGAUGAAGAAAACUGCGAAUUAAGGAUAGCGUUUCGAUUUUUCUCCGUAACGUUGACUUUUUUCAGCGAGUGAACAAAAUUUUACAAAGCCGUUACAUACUUUUAUUCCCUGGCAGUUGACAAUUAAAAUGAUACCUGGAAGUCAAAUAAAGCUCUUGAGACAAAAAGCUAGAUAGGUUUCCCAGAUCCAGAUUUCAGGAUGUCCAGAGGUCGUCCUAUUUGAGCUUGCUGGACGAGAGGACCGCGGUCAAAUUCGCUCGCUCCUACAUAGUCGUACUCAAUUUCUGAUCCGAAUAAAAUAUUUUCAAUAACCUAAAUUACACGCAAACUGACGAAAUCCUCAAUUUUCUUCUUUUUUUUUUUUUUUUUUAAACCCAGCGCACGUGACCAGCUGAAAAUCGCGGCACGCCCC